GCAAUGGCGCAACAGCAGGCCGGAGAGAGGUCAAUGACCUCCAGACAAGGCCGGGACAAGCAGCGAUAUGGUCCCAAUGGCGAGCGUCUCGUAGCCGGCGUCGUGCCACUCAACGCUGACCGUACCUAUGUCAUGCUCAUCCAGAGCUCCAGCCGUAAAGGUUGGGUGCUCCCCAAAGGCGGCUGGGAGACCGACGAGGCCACCGCUCAAGAAGCCGCCUGUCGCGAAGCCUGGGAGGAAGCAGGUAUCGAGUGUCGCAUUCAAAAAGAUCUUGGCAAUAUCGAGGAGAAGAGAAGCGCAGCAUCAAUUGCCAAGUAUGGCGCUCUAGCGCCAAAGGCAUUGUACAAAUUCUACGAGGUCAUUGUAACCGUCACACGCGAGAACUGGCCCGAGGCACACAAGCGAGAUCGGCAGUGGAUGACCUUCCGCACAGCCAGAGACCUGCUACAAGAUCGUCCGGAGCUCCUGGAGGCGCUGGAGCGAAGCAGUAUCAAGCGGUAGUACUGCGAAACUGCCAUCUUGAGCCAACGCAGCGCACACCGGAUGUACCAAAUCGACCCUGUCGCACCGACACUCGAUAUGAGCGAGGCCAACGACCUAUGAAUAUCGGACGACUGAUUCUAAACAUCGGCACCCUCGGACUGGAAGCCUUUCAUUAUGUAUGCAUUGGGCGGCGAGCACUUGUUUCUUAAAAAGAUCAUCACGAGAACGGCACAGUUCUGGAGCUGUACGACUACAUCCUAAGAGCCGAAAAUGGCGCAGAGCAACGACAUGGUCGCCAUCGUACCUUUGAUAUUUAGAUCAAUGAUACUUGUCAGCGAAUGCCGCCUUUUGGCUGGCGGCACAAAAGUCGAAAAU